GCUCACGGAUGUGGAGGUAGAGUUGGCCAUCCAGCGCUCUGGAAGCACAGAAGAAGUCCUGCCUCUGAUCCCUGUGGGGCCCCAACAUUCACCCCAUGCAACUCAGCUGGCUCUUGCACCACAUAAAGGACAGGAAGGCCUCCACUGAACCCAAUAAAUUUGAGAGGAGAUUGGAAAAACGGGGGAUGGAUACCACAGUUCCACCGCUUAAGUGACCAAAUAAAAAAAGGAAGAUGGCAGAGUGGAAGUGGUAGAGGAAAAAGGAGAGACAGAGGAAGAAUGAAAGGUCCUAACGGGGGGAAAGAGCAAGUGAAGACCCCUUGUGAUGCAGCGGGGCUUGUUCAGGGUCAACCACCUAUCCCAAGGACUCCCAGGCCUUUCAGAAGCAAGGUAUUCUGGGGUCCCACCAGCUACAGAUGGAGAGACUACGGUGCCCUCACCAUCAUUAUGGUCGGCAUCGCCUUUGGCUUUCAUCAGCUUUACAAAAAAUACAUCCUUCCCCUCAUUAUGGGCCGCCGAGAGGACAAGAAGCAUCUGCAGAGGAUGGAGAGCAACAUUGCGGCAAUGAGUGGCACGCUGACACAGACAGUGAGCCAGCUGCAGCAGACUCUGGUCUCUGUCCAGGAGCUCCUGAUCCAGCAGCAGCAGAAAAUCCAGGAGCUUUCUCAAGAACUGACUUCAGCAAAGACAUCGUCUUCAACAAACCGUGUCCUGGACAGCCAAACAGUUGGAGAGCUGAAGGCCGAGAUCGUCUCUUUGAAGGGCUUACUGCUCAGCAGGAAACAAUUCCCUUCCUCUCCCACUAUACCUAAAAUCCCCUCAUGGCAGAUUCCUCUGAAGCCGCCAUCGGUACCCGGCUUUCUGCCAGUCAACCACACCAACAGCAGCAGCGACAUCUCCCCUGUCAGUAACGAGUCCGCCAACUCGUCCCCCAGCAAAGAUGGACACCACAGCUCCCAGGAUGCCAUGGGAGAGCCUGAUGUAGUUCAUGUUAUCAAUGGAGACGACGGCACCGUGGGCCUCGGUGCAACGAUGCUCCUAGACCUGAAGGACCAGGUCCGCAUGGAGGUGCAGGGGGAGGAGGAGAAGAAGGAGGAAGAGGAGCAGGUGGUCAGCCACGUAGACGAGGAGGAAGAAGAAGAAGAAGAGAAGGAGGAGGAGGAAGACGGUGUAAGCAUGCACACAGUGGAUCGGCGUGGGGAUGGACAGAUUAAUGAACAGGUGGACAAACUGAGGCGCCCCGAGGGUGCCAGCAAUGAAAGCGAGCUAACAAGAAGAGUCCAUGAGUGAGAAGAAGGGAUAUCAGCUCUGGUGCCAUUUCCACAUCCGUCACAUGGCCUUCUUAGGAACACAGAAAAGGUAGAAGGGCUCUGCACGUAUCCGUGUGACACCCGUCCUGACCUACGAAUGAUGUUGUUGAGUUUCUGUUAAAGUCUUGAAUGAGGAGAUAAUGAUGUAAACUAUAUCUUUUCAUUGAGAAGAGAUUAAUAUGUAUGGAUGAAUAAGGUUGGCUGAAAGAAGCACUUAAUCAAGAAAUGUAACGUUUGCUUCUCAGCCCCUGUAGAGCCUUUGAUUGGUCCUCUCUGUAACAUGCUGAUUACUGUCUGAUGUCAGCCACAGGUGUACAUAUGUGAAAUAAAUCUGAUAGUAAAGUA